UGUCGCGCUGGCUCGUCAUCGCCAUGCAGCAGCAAGUCAUCGAUGAUUUCCGACUUGGAAAUGGAUGAAGAUCAAAGAGUUCCCACUGAUCCGAAGCACCUCUCCGGCUCAUUCUCGCAAUCAGUGCCAAUCGAUUUAUCGAUGAAAUCACGACGAUUUCAUACCGUCUCCACGGAAACGAAUCUUAGCCUUGUCAAGGAAUUAGCUUCCAAUCAGAAACACAUCUCAGUGGCAUCGUCACUUCUGUUCAGUUGUUUCAAUGCUCGGCGAUCCACUAAUCUCUUGGGUGUAUUCUCAUUAUUGGACGGAAAAUCAUUGCUGCCAUCCACAUCAAGGUCAUACACGGUGAAGAGCGUCCAGCUGAAAGCGCUACCAGAUCACGACGGUUCAACUGAAGACGAUCAAAAACCUAACGAUGAACAAAGCGGUGGAUAUGUGAUAAAUCCAACAACCGGAAAUCGGUGCAAAAAGAACUACAAGAAUGUCACCGUUGAAAAGAGGUUGGCAUUCAAGUUUGUUUCAAUAUUUACGUAUGCAGGUGUGCUUGACACCUCUUCAAAAACACUCCAAAAUGCAACAAGGUUAAUUGCACACACUCAACAGUGUACUCCACACUUGUUGCGUACCACUGCUAACGAUACGAUUCUUGUCAUUAGUCGAGACGUUCAUUCGUCCAGCUGUUGA